AUGAGGCUGUCACUACGCAUCGGUGCGGCUCUCGCCCUCAUCAUCAUUACCAUUGUGCUCGUGAACCGCAGUUUAAAACCCGAAGCUCAAUCCCUUAAAGAUCUAUGGCGAUUUGAUACCGCCGCAUUCCGAGCAGCCCUAAAGCCCAAACAACCCGAAGAGCACCCAGCUGCUCACCGCAAAUGGCGGGUCGCAUCGGAUAACAAGCCCUCUUUGGUCUACCAGACCACUCAGAUCGAGGUGCCGAAUCAAGGUGCCUUGGUCAUGGCCAAGUUGAAAGGCGAAGAUACUUCAUGGGCCUCGGGUGAAUUGUCAGAAUGGCGCAGCGUUAUCUAUACCGUCGACGAUACCAAUGCCCCGACGCAUACCCCCAAGAACAAGGGCAAGGAGUCCCUCGCCUACCUUAAAUACCUGGUCGACCACUACGACGACCUUCCCGAGACUGUUGUCUUCCUCCACGCCCACCGCGACGGUCUCCCUGCCGGAUGGCACAUUGACACCAUGGAAUAUAGCAACGUGGAUUCGGUUCGUGCGUUGCAGAAGGAGUUCGUUCAACAGCAGGGAUUCGUUAAUCUGCGAUGCCAAUUGUCACCUGGAUGCCCCGACGCUAUCCAGCCCUUCCGCAACCCCCCGAAGCUUGACAACCCCGGUGAACCACACUACGCGACAGCCUGGAAGUCGUUGUUCCCCGACGAGAAGAUUCCUGAAGUUAUUGCCGCGCCUUGCUGUUCCCAAUUUGCCGUUUCCCGGGGCCAGAUUCUCCAGCGCCCUCGUUCUGACUACCAGCGCAUGUACGACUGGGUCAUGAACAACGACUUGCCUGAUGACGCGACCGCCAACAUUAUGGAAUACACCUGGCACAUUAUUUUCGGCAGAGAUCCCGUCUUCUGUCCCGACCUCUUCCAAUGCUACGGCGACGUCUACGGCGAGGAAAUUAUCUGGUAG